AUGCCCACAACAACGCGUGUUACGACACAAAGUAAACAUGGAAUUCGAGAGGAGAGAAGCGAUAGCAGUGAUCCGGAAUACGAAGACUCAACGGUCGAAUCGCGCGCCGACGGCGGCGCCGUUCCUGCGUUUCACCCCGCCAGCGCUUGCGCCGAGUCUGGUGCACCGGUGGGGAUGGAGAAAAUCCUAGCUACCGUAAUGGAGACCUUCGUGAGGACCCAGGCGGAGAAGAACAGAAUUCUCAUAGAGACCAUGAGGUCCUUGCAAGGUACAACGGAGUCGACGCCUACUGCUUCUAGCCCCGUUGCAAGUACGUCCGCCGCGCCCGGAGGAAACUUCUCGAGGUGUACGGCGAGGUUCAACGGGGAAGCACGCGACGCGGAGACUGUGGAGGCAUUUAUAGAAGCGGUUCAAGUAUAUAAAGAUUGCGCCGACGUGUCGGACGAGCACGCACUACGGGGAUUUCCCAUGUUAUUAGAGGGAAAUGCAGCUGUGUGCUGGCGAGGAGCCCGCAACGGCGUGUCGUCGUGGUCGGAAGCCGUGGUGCGACUACGUACUAUGUACGGCAGCCCGCCGCCCGCCUACAAGGUGCUGCGAGAAAUAUUCGCCGCGGAACAACAGGGUGAUGAACGUGGUGAAGUUUUUGUGGCUAAAGUGCGAGCGAUAAUCGCUAAGUUACCGUAUAGUGUACCCGAGACCAUGCAAAUCGACAUUAUUUACGGACUAUUGCACCGUCGUAUUAAGAAACGAUUAGCACGCGACGGUAUUAUUAGUCUUGACCACUUGUCUGAGAAAGUGAGAGUCACCGAGGAGGCUAUCGAGGAAAUAAAACUUCCGUCGCGAUCUCCGGCUUUUCAAAUUUCGACUUCGAGCACAGCGCUUCCGCGAACUCGAACGGUACCAUUGGUG